UGUGUUAACGUAUUGUUUAUUUCAUUGAAUUAUCUUUUUUUCAAUGAAUAUCCACGAUUAAAUUAGUUUAUUGUGAUUAUUUAAUAUAGCUUUAGUAUUUAAGUGCAGUGUUAGUGCAAAUGACAGCGUAAUACUUGUAGUAAAAUACAAAGCCAGUAGCUUCCAUGGGCGUUAACUUCAGGAAGCUAACACUAGACUGAAACUAUGAAUCUCAUAUUGCCUAUAAGUCUGGCAAUACUGCAUUUAUGUACAUCCCAGGAGUAUGACACACCUACCUACAACCCUGACCAGCCUAGUCCAACAAAUGAUUACUACAACCCAAGUUCUAGCAAUCCCAAAUACGAUAAUCCUUACGACUCCAAUAGAAGAUACCAAAACCGCAAUCAACUCAAUCUACCAGAUCAAAACCAAUAUGAUCUGAAUAGGAACUCAUAUGAGCCAAAUAAAAACCCAUAUGAUUCAAAUAGAAACCCAUAUGUUCCCAACCAGGGUCAGUUUGAAAAUCGAAAUGAUUUGAAUUACAAUCAGAAUCAGUAUAACAGUGAUGUCACUCCAAAAUCAAGUUGGGAUAGUGGAAGGAUUUUUGGAAAUACCUACAAUAAUGCCCCAGUGGAGCAUAACACUCUUAUAAUAAAUGAAGCCACAUAUUUCAUAGUAGCUUCGCGCAUGGUACGCCCUGGCCAGAUCUACAAAAUAUCAGCCAACAUCCUGCGCGCGCGGCUGCAAAUGACUAUCCGCGCGUCCAUCUCGUGCAAUGGCGUUGAGAUCGCCGACGUGAUCGAGAGAGUCAAAGAGGGCGUUCCUGAGAUUUUGAACAUGAGGGUACCCGCGACUUCAGUCCCUGGCGACUACAAGCUGCGAGUGGAAGGACUGUACCUGGACGACCCGUUCGGCGGCCGCGCUUUCGUCAACGAGACACAGCUGUCAUUCUCGCGACGCUUUAUGACCAUCUUCAUUCAAAUGGACAAACCUGUUUAUAUGCAGAGUCAAACUGUGCGUUUUCGUGUGAUUCCUAUCAACACGGAGUUGAAAGCGUUCGGUCGCGCCAUCGACGUUUUCGUGUUGGACCCCAACCGGCGUAUUAUGAAGAGAUGGCUCUCCAGACAGAGCAACUACGGCACAGUGAGUCUGCAGUAUCAGAUGUCAGACCAGCCGCUGUUUGGCGAGUGGCAUAUCCGCGUCGAGGCUUUGGGCCAGGUCGAAGAGGCGCAAUUCCUCGUCGAAGAGUACUACCAGACCAGGUUCGAGGUGAACGUGACUAUGCCAGCUUUCUUCUUCAACACGGAGCCGUUUAUCCAUGGCCGCAUAAUGGCGAACUACACGUCCGGAGCGCCCGUGCACGGUAACCUUACGCUCAAGGCAACAGUUCGACCCAUCCCGCAGUAUCGGCCGCGGUACUAUGCGCAGGGCCAGUUCAACAACCGGGGGCAAUUCGGACCGCCCUUGGGAUACGGCAACUCGCAAUACACCAGAGUGCGUCCAAACUACAACCCAUACAUCUACAACGAGACGAGCUACCAGGAGUACGGCCCGCUGGACGAGUUCGGGCGCCCCAUCAAUACCGGCCAACGCUACAUUCCUGGUCAGCCGAACCAGGUCGACCAGCCCGAUUGGUGGUACGACCCGCAGAAGGUUUACACGAGGAUGUUUAACUUUGACGAAAAGUACCCGUUCUGGAUGGUGAAGCCCGACGCGACGCAGUAUGCAAUCCAGCAGCAGCAAGGCUACUUAAACAACCAGAACUACCCCACGUACACCACCUCAAACACAUACAACUAUUAUAACAACCCUUAUUACGAUCAACUGCCAUAUUUGAGAUUCUUCAACGGCACGUACGACUUCAAGUACCCGAUGUCUGAGCUAGCGCAACUGGUUCCCGACUUGGACGGGGUGGAGGUGAUCAUCACGGCUUCCGUGGGGGACCCUUUCCUCGACGAGAUCAUCGAGGGGUACAGCAUCGCGAGGAUAUUUAAUUCGUCAUUAGCUGUUAAGUUCUUGGGGGGUUCGCCGCAGGUUUUUAAACCCGCUAUGCCUUUUGAUGUCUAUAUGGUGGUGUCGUACCACGACGGCGCGCCGCUGCCGCGCUGGCAGGCGGCCGGCGUGUCGCUGGUGGUGCAGCUGCAGGUGGAGGGCCGCGGCGGCGCCGUCGACGCGCAGUACCCCACGCUCGUGCCGGGCCACGACGCCGUCUGGCACCUCAAGCUCGACCUCUACAAGCUGCUCAGGCUGCAGAACGAGCCGAACUACCGCGAGGUGCUAAGCGGCGUGACGGGCGUGCGGCUGAGCGCGCAGCUGGCCGACGCCGUGGGCGGCCACGCCGGCGCCGAGCUGCGCUUCGUGGCGCACCACUCGCCCGGCCACAAGCACAUCCGCAUCCGCACCAGCACCACAGACGCCCGGGUGGGCGAAUACAUAGUAUUCCACGUGCAGAGCAACUUCUACAUGGAGACAUUCAACUACCUCGUCAUGUCUAAGGGCAUCAUCCUUACCAGCGCGCAGGAAAUUAUGACCGACGGAGUGCGUACUUUUGCGGUGACCGUGUCAGCUGAGAUGGCACCAGUGGCCACGAUAGUAGCGUGGUCGGCAGAGCGACACGGUGCUGUUCUCGCAGAUUCGCUCACCUUCCCUGUCAACGGCAUCUCUAGGAACAAUUUCACGGUGUACAUAAACAACCGCAAGCACCGCACGGGUGAACGCGUGGAGGUGGCCAUCUUCGGCGAGCCCGGCGCCUACGUCGGCCUUUCGGGGCUCGACGACGCCUUUUACACCAUGCAGGCCGGAAACGAGCUCACAUACGCUAAGGUGAUAUCUAAGAUGGCGCACUUCGACGAAUCCACAAACGGCACGUUCGCGUAUACGUGGCGCUCGCACUUCGGCGACGCCGACGACCUCGUCUACUUCCCUUCCUCCACGUUCGGCAUCGACGCAAACCGGACCUUCGAGUUCGUGGGUCUGGUGGUGUUCAGCGAUGUGGCGCUCCCUCGACGGUACAGCAACUGCAACGCCACUUUGGGCUUCGGGGAGUGCCUCGAGAGCGGUUGCUACCCGCUCAGUAAACGGUGCGACGGCGUCCCCGACUGCGCCGACUACACCGACGAAUCUAACUGCGAGCACGAGCAGCGCAGCAACUUCGAGCUGGCGCACUUCCGCAAGUUCCGCUUCAACCGCGUGCUGCGCCAGUACGAGAACGCGUGGCUGUGGCGCGACGUGAACGUGGGCCCGCACGGCCGCUACGUCUUCUCGCUGGACGUGCCGCGCGCGCCCGCGCACUGGACCGUGUCCGCCUUCUCCAUGUCGCCCACGCUGGGGCUGGGCAUGCUCACCGAGCCCAUCCACUACGUGGGUAUCCUGCCCUUCUUCAUCCAAGUAGAGGGCCCGGACCGCUGCCGACAAGGUGAGCAGGUGGGACUGCGUGUGGUCGUAUUCAACUACCAGCCGCAGGCCAUCGAGGCCGUUGUGGUUCUUCACGCCUCUCCAGACUACAAGUUCGUGCACGUAGAGGAGAAUGGCAUCGUGGUGUCGUACAACCCGCGUACGUCGUUCGGCGAGCACCAGUUCUUCGUGUACAUCCUGGCGGGCGACGCUGCUACCGUCUACAUUCCUGUCGUGCCCACGAGACUCGGGGAUAUCCACGUGCACGUGCACGCGUCCACUCUGCAGGGGCAGCACCAUUACACCAAGAAGAUCUCUGUUGAGGCUGACGGACUACCGCAACACAGACACCAAUCUGUCCUCCUGGACUUAUCCAACCGCGCCUACGUGUUCCAAUACAUGCACGUUAACAUAACCGAGACUCCCAUCAUCUCGUACAAAGGCGACCGCUAUUACGUAUACGGGUCCAAUAAGGCUCGGGUCUCGAUUGUGGGUGACGUGGUAGGGCCUCUGUUCCCUACCAUGCCGGUAAAUGCUACUAGUCUUCUUGAUUUGCCUAUGGACUCAGCGGAGCAGAACAUGUUCAGCUUCGCUGCCAACAUGUACCUGACGCUGUACAUGCGCCUGAUCAACCAGCGCAACCGCACCUUGGAGCACGACGCCUUCUACCACAUGAACAUCCUCUACCAAAGGCAGCUCUCCUUCAUGAAGCCUGACGGAUCUUUCAGCCUCUUCCGGAGCGACUGGAACCAAUCAUCGUCGAGUGUGUGGCUGACGUCAUUUUGCGCCAAAAUAUUCCAAGAUGCGUCGUUCAACGAGUGGGAGAACUUUAUCUAUAUCGACCCAGAUGUGAUAUCGAUGGCGGUAUCGUGGGUGCUGGAGCACCAGACGGCGCCUGGCGCCUUCUACGAGGUGACGUGGCUGCCCGACCGCAACUGCAACAGCACCAUCGCCGUGCCCAAGGACAGCGCGCUGUACCGCGAGGUGACGCAGCAGGUGCUGGCCACGCAGCGCGGCUGGCAGGACUCCGGCGCCCGGGAGAUCCCGGAGGCGUGGGGCACGGUGAAGGUGACAGCACGCGGCGCUGGUUACGCCGUGCUGCAGAUGUCCGUGCAGUACAACGUGGACAUCGCCGCCUUCCAGACGGAACCGCCGCUGCGCUGCUUCUCGCUGCUCACGCACGCGCACUUCUUCGGGCGGAAUCAAUCGCACAUCGAGUACCAGACUUGCGCCAGCUGGACGUUGCUGGAAGAGUCUCCCCGGUCGGGCAUGGCGGUACUGGAGGUGGGCAUACCCACGGGGUACAUGAUCCAGCAGCAGAAGCUGGACGCGUAUGUGCUGUCCCGGCGUGUGCCCACAUUGCAGCGUGCCAAGUUCCUGCCGGCCAAGAUGCUCUUCUACUUCGACUAUUUGGACCAAGAACAAACGUGCGUAAACUUCACGAUCGAGAGAUGGUACCCCGUUGCCAACAUGUCAAGGUACCUCGCGGUACGCGUCUACGACUAUUAUGCGCCUGAGCGGUACAACGAGACAAUAUUCGACGCCCUGCCAACGUUCCUGCUGAACAUCUGCGAGGUGUGCGGCUCGUCACAAUGCCCCUACUGCGCAAUCUACAACGCGGCGUUGCGAUGCUCCGUCGCUUUACCCUUGCUUCUGGUAACGCUCGUUGUAACUCUAACACGGUUCUGGCGGCCAUCAUUACCUUUCUUCGUGAUAACGUAGUAUUGAAACAGGUUACGUUGUCUGCGUUCAUUUGGUCUUUCAUGUACGAAUUUAACACUUAUUUUAUUACGGACAAAUGAUUGGUUAUUUAGCAUAUCAGAAUUCAACCUUUACGUACAAAUUUAGUGCCUUCCAGGACGUAUUCAGAAUGCUAGACCUGUUCUAGUUUUAAGGCGUGCACGCAUUAUAUGAUUGCACAAGUGUGUACGUAACAUUAUUCAAAAUGUGAACAGAGACACACUUGUUCGAUUUUCGAGUUCAAUAAUGUGUGCAUGGCUUUCAAAUCAAACGCGGACAACGAUUGUUCAAUAAAUGUUCAAAAAUAUCAUUAAUAUCUUCUGUACCUUAUUGUUUUUAUUUUAUUUUAAUACACCUGUGUGUAUAUAAUAGAUGUUUUAUAUGUUUACGUUGAGCCCUAUCUUCUCUCUCUCUAUCUUUUUUAUUAGCUCUAGUGAUAUUUUUGAAUAUUUAUAUUCAAAGUGAUGUAAUUGCUAGAUAAUAUUGUAAUAUCAUUGUGUGUGACAAAGACAUAUUUUGGUAAUAAGUGUUGUGAAUCACUUUUCUAUUUAAGAAUACAUUAGGUAGUAAUCGGCAAAUAUCAAAACGCAAUUCACGUUGUAAUUAUUUCUUUUAUUAUUUGUUAUUAACCACCGUUAGGUACUAUUUUGCAUUUGAUGUUUCUCACUUAGGUUAAAAUUGAAUUAGUUUGAUACCUCUGGAAGGAUUAUGAAUUUUAUAGCCACAGAACGAAAGCUGUAUCACGUGUUGCCGUCCACAUGACAAUACUGAAAUUUCAAUUUAAAAAAAAUGCAUUCUGAACAAGAUUAAGGACUAUCCACACACAUCGAGACCGUGCCCGGGACGUGGACGGGGCGUGCUAGCUUGUAUGAACUGCGGGCUCGUCCCGGUGUCGGCCCGGAUACGGCCAUGUGUGAACGAGUUCAUUCAAAAUUUACGCAAGGAUAUUUUUUUAAGCCCCUGACGGAGCACGGCCCGGGCACGUCCCGGAUAUGCGUGGAUAGACCUUUAUCCUGCCUAGAUUUGUUUUUAUAAAUAAUGAACAAUAUGCAGUUUUCUAGCGCCUACCUUUUAUUUACGUAUUCUCAAACGGUGUAGCAAAAAAGAAAUAUUUGUCUAGAUCAAAAGCUGUCUCCAGUAAAAGAUCUAGAAUCUUGUCGCCAUAUACACACUAAAUCAAAGGCCAUUUUAUAAGCUUAAAUGAAUUGAAUACUACAAAAUAAAAACUAAAUAAUUUGUGAAGACUGCUUUCGAGUCAUAUAAUUAAACAAGAGUUAUUAAUAUCUGAACGUUUUCCAAAAUGAAUUUUCCACUUCUGUAUUUCUUUUUCCAUUCCAGUUAGUUGUAGUUUAAAUAUUGUGUUCUCUAGUGUAAUAGACAACAUCCAGUGUCCUUUAUGUAAAGAAUCAUUUAAUAUGACGUUUAUAUACUAUAUAAAAUCUGUAUUAUCUUUCUUUAUUUUGUCGGUGCUUUCGUGGUCAUGUUUUAAUUUCACAACUAAUUUAGUAUAUCGAAUAAUUUCAAACUAUAGAAGAAACAAUAGAAAAUUAAACUAAGCAUGAAAUGCAUCACUUGCCUUAUUGUUGUAGACUUUAGUGGCAAAAUGCAUUGAUAUUUAGGUAUUAGUGUAAAUAACUCCUUUUUACUUGAGUACUGCUAUGACGUGGACGAUUUUCUAUUAUAAUAAAUAAAAUCAAAUUCUAAAUCAUGCAAUAACAAAAUGUACUUGGAAUGCCUUAUUUAGUAACAAUAUGAAAUUUUAUAUAAUAAAGAAAUAUAU